AUGGGGCCGAAAAAGGUACCAAAACCCGCAGAACCGGAAAUCACCCCAGAUAGUGAUUCCGAAGGGGGCGGAGCUGCUGGAGGAGAGCCCGCCAAGGCAGAGACACUUAUGGGUGCAGACUCCGAAACCCUAGUUUGCAUGUUGCGAAAAUGUCUUACGUUCCAGUCUGACCUGAGCAAGCGUUGGAAUGAAGAAACGCAGAAGCAGGAGGAACGAUGGCAGGAGAUGGAGGUACAGGUUCACCGACUCAGAGAGGGCCUGACCGAAGUUGCGAGGCGUGGUCCUCAACACCCCCAUGUACAUCAACAGGAAGAAGUGGAGCCCCAAUCUCCCACGCUACGGGGAGAGGCUGGGCCCAGUCAGUGA